AGGUACAAAAAGAAGAGAUGAAAUGCCAAAAGUUGCGUCAAUUUAUAAAUGUAGUACUCAAACGUUUUCAUUAGAAACCUUUGCUUUACCAUUUUGAUUUAUACAAAAGUGUUAAAAGGCAAAAAAUAGUUAUUAUGGUUAACGAUAAAAGACGUCGAUCGCAUUCAAGGGAACGGCGAGAUCGAGAUCGAGACCGUGAGCGUGACCGGGACCAUGAGCGGGAACGUGAUCGUGAUCGAGGUCGGGAUCGAGAACGCGAAAAGGAACGUAAUCGACCUCGCUCUAGAUCUCGUGGUCGAGAUCGAGAUUAUACCACCGACAAACGUCGUACCGACGAAAAAUUGAAGGAGGAAAGGGAGGAAAAGAAGCUAAUCAUCAAAGAGGACGAUGAUGUGGAGGAGGUCAAAAUGGUGAAUUUUGAUAAUGCCAAACCGAAGAAAGAACCUCUUUCCUUAGAAGAAUUGCUCGAAAAGAAGAAAAGGGAAGAGGAAACUCGUAGCAAACCUGUCUUCCUUACCAAAGAGCAACGAGCGGCAGAGGCCUUAAAACGACGCCAAGAAGAGGUAGCUGCGAUGCGUAGUGCCCAAAGUGCUGCUACUGCUGCAGCAAUAGCAAACAGCGAAAAUACAAAUAAUAAUUACGGUAUACCGCCCACACAACUCAAAAAUGAAAGAAUGGAUCGUAAAGACCGCGAGCGCGACUACGACCGGCGUGAUAGAGAUAAAGGAAGAGAUCGUGACCGGGAUCGGGAUCGCGAUCGUGAGAGAGAUAGGGACAAGGAUAGGGAUAACAAAAGAGCUGAAGACCUUUCUCACAAAGAUAAAGAAAAAGAAUUAGAAGCAAUACGUGAGCGCUAUUUAGGAAUUGUGAAGAAGAAACGUCGCGUUCGUCGGCUAAAUGAUCGUAAAUUCGUGUUCGAUUGGGAUGCUGGAGAGGACACAUCGAUUGAUUACAACAACUUGUAUAAAGAGCGUCAUCACGUACAGUUUUUCGGACGCGGAAAUGUGGCAGGCAUCGACAUAAAAGAACAGAAACGCACACAAAGUAAGUUCUAUGGAGAUUUAUUGGAGAAACGUCGCACAGAAGCCGAAAAGGAGCAAGAGAAGGUGCGACUUAAAAAAGUUAAACGUAAAGAAGAUAAACAAAAAUGGGACGAUCGCCAUUGGUCUGAAAAAGCACAUGAGGAGAUGACAGAGCGCGAUUGGCGUAUAUUCCGUGAAGAUUACAAUAUCACGAUUAAAGGUGGUAAAAUUCCAAAUCCCAUACGCAGCUGGGCUGAAUCUGGAUUCCCCAAAGAAAUCAUAGAAAUUAUUGAUCGAGUUGGGUAUAAAGAGCCCACACCUAUCCAAAGGCAGGCAAUACCAAUUGGUUUGCAAAAUCGUGACAUUAUUGGCGUAGCAGAAACUGGUUCUGGCAAAACUUUGGCAUUCCUUAUACCACUGUUAUCUUGGAUUCAAUCACUUCCAAAGAUAGAGCGUCUCGAAGAUGCAGACCAAGGUCCAUACGCCAUCAUUAUGGCACCAACUCGCGAAUUGGCACAACAAAUUGAGGAGGAAACUAUUAAAUUCGGACAGCCGCUAGGCAUACGCACAGUUGUUGUGGUGGGCGGUUUGUCUCGUGAGGAACAAGGUUUUCGUCUACGACUAGGCUGUGAAAUUGUAAUCGCAACACCUGGUCGAUUAAUUGACGUUUUGGAAAACCGGUAUCUCGUACUGAGUCAAUGUACAUACAUAGUUUUGGAUGAAGCGGAUCGUAUGAUUGAUAUGGGUUUCGAACCGGAUGUGCAAAAGAUUCUUGAAUAUAUGCCCGUAACAAAUUUAAAACCUGAUUCAGAAGAAGCGGAAGACGCCAACAAACUAAUGGAAAAUUUUUAUUCCAAAAAGAAAUACAGACAAACUGUGAUGUUUACCGCUACCAUGCCUCCCGCAGUUGAACGCUUGGCAAGAUCAUAUUUACGGCGUCCAGCAACUGUCUAUAUUGGUUCUGUAGGCAAGCCCACUGAACGUACCGAGCAAAUCGUGUUUAUGAUGGGUGAAAAUGAUAAGCGCAAGAAACUGAUGGAAAUACUUUCCAAAGGCAUCGAACCGCCAGUCAUCAUUUUCGUCAAUCAAAAGAAAGGCGCCGACGUGCUUGCUAAAGGAUUGGAGAAACUGGGUUACAAUUCAUGUACACUUCACGGUGGUAAAGGUCAAGAACAACGUGAAUACGCGCUUGCUUCACUCAAAUCUGGAGCCAAAGACAUUCUGGUGGCGACGGAUGUAGCUGGACGUGGUAUUGAUAUUAAAGAUGUGUCGCUCGUUAUUAAUUACGAUAUGGCAAAAACGAUUGAGGAUUACACUCAUCGUAUUGGUCGUACAGGACGUGCUGGCAAGAAUGGUGUGGCCAUUUCAUUUGUUACCAAAGAUGACAGUGCUUUGUUCUACGAUCUGAAACAAUGUGUUACGGCUAGUCCGGUAUCUAUCUGCCCACCCGAGCUGAUGAAUCAUCCUGAUGCGCAACAUAAACCUGGUACAGUGGUGACAAAGAAAAGGAGGGAAGAGAAAAUCUUUGCCUAAGUUAAGUGGAAAGUCAUUACCCGAACUAAAUUGAUU